UGUUGACGCGCCAUUGUCCGGUAUCGUGCAGAAUGAGACCUCGCGGAUCGCUGCAUGCCAACCACAAUGCUGGAGAACUGUUACAAUGGUCUGGUGACGAGUUCAGAGAUCUAGACUUGAAUCGGAUAAUCCAAAAUUCAGUUUUGCUUAAAAAUAAUUUUAUCUGAUGAUCAAUAUGGUUUCACUAACGUUGCUGUUUGCCAUUUCUACCGCAAUAGCAGUUGCCAUUUCAGUCAGUCUUUUCAUCUUUAUUUGUUGUUGCAUGCGAGCUCGGAGGACACAGCGACGACAGAAACGUCGAGAAAAACUAGAGCGAGCUCUGGCCGUCACACCCUUGAGAUCGGACUUCUUCAAGAAAGGAGACGAAGAUUACCCGAAGACAAUCCAAGUGCCUCGACAGGAUCCGGUCGAUGAUAGCCCUUUCAGUGAUGUACCGACCGAUGAUCAGGGGAUUGAAGCGACUGACCAGGCUGAUUGUGAUAACUACGGACGCUCCCAGUCAUGGGCGCCGAUGACCUCGACGAACUUGAUUGCAGUAGAUCCUCAAAGAAGACAGACUUUGGCCGUGGUUUCACUCUCUCCUUCUUCUUCUGAUUCAUCACUGGCUUCGUGCAGCUCAGAGAAUGACCUUGAACAGCUCGGGCGUGAUUCCGAGUGGACAGUUUACCAAGGAGGCAACGAAAAGCCGGUUGUAAACUUUUCUCUAUAUCACUCGACACAGGACCGUACUCUCUUCGUCUGCCUCAAGUCUGUUUCUGGAUUGGCGAGGAAAUACUACCCAGGAUGCACUUCGUUUCUCAAGGUCAGCCUCCUGCCAAAGUACAGAGAUGGAUUUCGCACAGAGAUGGUCCGUAAAUCGCUGAAUCCUCAUUUCAAUGAAUCCUUCCAGUUCUGUAAGUUGACUCCCGCAGAGGUCCAAGGCAGCUUCCUGAAGAUUAAACUGUAUGUGAGGGAGAAGUGGAACAGGAAGGAUCGCUUUAGUGGAGAGGUCUUUGCGGAGUGCCAUCAACUUCUAACAAAGAGCGACAGCCUUCUAGAAUUUCAGAGGACAUUCAGUGUGAAAAGAACCAAGCUUCCGAAGAAAAAUCUUAAAAGGCCCUCACUUCCAUGCAUGAAACAGAUGAGAUCUAAAUCCACAUCAGAAGCUACAUCCAAUCGGCCAUACCUUGGAGAUCUCUUUGUAGCCUUACAAUAUCAACCUCAAGCAGAUCGAUUGAAGGUGAUGGUGAGGAAGGCUGAGAAUCUAUUGGUUGACAGCGUCCUUCCUGGUUCUGGAGAUAUCUACGUCACUGUGCGCCUGAUGAAGCAUGGUGAGAUAGUAGAUGAAUACAGCACUCAACGUCGUUCUGGAACCAGUCCUAUCUGGAACCAACCAUUCCUCUUCCAUCCUAAACAAGAUGAGAUCGAACAACAUUCCAUCCUCCUUGCCAUCAACCGUGGUCGACGACUAGCAACCGACGUGAUGGUGGGGAAGAUUGAAAUCGGAAGGCAGUUCGGAGAGACGGGCGUGGCGCAUUGGACGGAGAUGCUGCAACCACGGGGAUUGGAGGUCGCUAAGUGGCAUCGAAUCAAGCCACCUUUCAGUUAAGAGUAAUCAGGAUUUCAAAUCUAGUUUGGUAGUUGUAACAAAUUGCCCUUUUGAAGGAUAAACUAUUCUGAUUCGGUUCAGAGGAACUUUAAGACCUGCAAGACAACGUUGUCAUAGAAUGCCGCCAUUCGUUACUUGCUUCAAUUAUUGUGGAGUCUGAUAGCAAAGAAAACUCUUUUGGGGUUAUUGAAAGGCAUUAUUUGGACAUUGAAUAUGUUAAUGCUGAUUUUCUGUUUUGCACGACCAUGACGACGAUAAAGUGGUACAAAUAUCUCAUCACUAUUUGACGCCAUGCGUCAGAGCUCGUAUACAAAACUGUAACAGUUUUCUAUAAUCUCGCAAUUACUUUAUUGUUAAUGAUGUAUUACGAUAUAAUACGGUGUAUAUAGAAAUACAGGCUCAUAUAAUGUGGAUUGUGAAAUAACAUUAAAACAAGCCAUGAUUAAAGCAGAGAAGUACGUGAAUAUUAUAACAUUACUUUCACCACAUUUUUUUUCUCAUUCAUAACUUCAUAAUGAUCAAUAGACUUUAUUGCAUACAAGAACAUCUACAGUGAGGUAAAGUACUUAUACCAUAUUGCACAUCACGAUUUAGACUUUUAGCGGACCUCACGAAAAUUACAAUCAUUUGCGCGAUAACGGAUGACACCCACCCGCCCAGAUGGGAAGAAGAGCGAAAGGAGUGAAGACAACUAGUGAAUGAAUGGAAAGGAGGGCGACAAAAAUAUAUAUUUCUAAGGAAGAUCUACUUUUGCUUGGACGGACAUGGCCCUGUGAAAUGGGGGUGUUGGUUUCCCUUUAGUGGUGCUGCGUGUAUCAUUUUCCUCAGGCAGCACCCCCUGGAAUUCUGGUAGCUGUGACGAAAACCUUCAUUUACUAGUAACACUUUUU